AUGUCAGACAAUUCUACAUGUCCGCCAAUUAAUAUUAGAAGAUGUUCUUGUACUAGUGAAGGACUUUCACCAAAAAAAUCUAUCACAUCGCCAAGUUGGGAUCGACGACCUUCGAAAAUACUUGAUGAGAACCAUCUGCCGAAACAACUUCUCGUCCAACAUCAUCACAAUGAUGGCGCUUUCCUCCGAAAUAUUUCAGCUACGGAACUUGUCCUUGAAGUUGAAGAAACAGCUAGUACACAACAAAUCGGUGCUCCGUCUGCUCUCCCAGAGUCUCGGGUUCUCGUCCUCUACACUGGUGGAACCAUUGGAAUGAAAACUACAGAUGGAGUGUAUUGCCCGGUCCCUGGAUAUCUCCCGGAAGUUCUUCGUGACAUUCCACCACUCAAUGAUCGUCGUUAUAUCGAGGAAAGCUACUCUACUGUGGCUGUUCGUCCUUACUCACUACCACCAGUCCGGCACAUGAAGAAACGGGUUGUAUACUGGAUUGUCGAAUAUGAGCCACUUCUUGAUUCUUGUGACAUGACAUUUGACGACUGGAUUCGUAUAGCUACUGACAUCAAAAAAGCUUACCAUAAAUACGAUGGAUUCGUUGUUCUUCACGGAACUGAUACUCUCGCCUACACUGCAAGUGCACUCUCUUUCAUGAUGGAAAACCUUGGAAAACCUGUUAUUAUUACUGGAAGUCAAAUUCCAGUCGCUGAAGUUCGAUCCGACGGUAUGGAGAAUUUGAUUGGAGCAUUGAUAACUGCUGGUAACUUUGACAUUCCGGAGGUUUGUGUCUACUUCAACAACAAAUUGAUGCGAGGAAAUCGAACAGUCAAAUUAGAUAAUUCUGCACUCGAGGCUUUCGACAGCCCAAACAUGACUCCAUUGGCACAAAUGGCAAUCAACAUCAAAAUAAACUACGACUCAAUCUUUCGAAGUGACAUGGUAGCCGCAUUCACAGUACACGAGAAUCUCUGCCGUGAUGUUGGAAUGCUUCGGAUCUUUCCAUCAAUGACAAUCGAAUCAGUUCGUGCUUUCCUUCAGCCACCGACCAGGGGAGUCAUUCUACAAACUUUUGGAUCCGGAAAUAUGCCCACGAGACGACAAGACAUUAUCUUGGCACUUAAGGAAGCGAUAGCACGCGGCGUGAUGGUCGUUAACUGUUCGCAAUGCCUCAAAGGACAAGUUGAUGUAAACUAUGCAACGGGUAAAAUUCUUUACGACAUUGGAGUGAUUCCUGGAUCCGAUAUGACGUCAGAGGCAGCUAUGGCGAAGUUGUGUUAUGUAUUGGGAAAGGAUGAAUGGGAUUUGCCAAUGAAGAGAAGUAUGCUACAAGCAAAUCUUCGUGGUGAAAUGACCGUUGCAACAGGAGGAGCGAUGCGCGAGCUCGAUAUCAUUCCCCACAUCGCCAAAUGUCUCCGAGUGUCUUCUUCACAAGAAGUUCAACUUCUUCGUGACAUUAUCCUGCCACCGAUGUUCUGUAAUGCGGCCAAAACGAAUGAUGUUGAAAUUUUGAAGUCAUUGAAAGCAGCCGGAGUGAAUUUCUCAGCAACUGAUUACAAUCUUCGUACUGCUCUUCACGUUGCUGCUUCAAAUGGAAAUAUCGAAUCUGUUAAUUAUUUGCUCAAAAUAGGAACCAAUGUGCACAUAAAAGACAUGUUCGGCUAUAAUGCACUUGUAUGUGCUGUCAAAGCGAAAGCUAUGAACUGUAUCGUCGCCAUUCGGGAAGCUGGAGGUUUCAUAGACGCCUCUUCGCAGAAAAUCGGCGUUGAACUGUGUUUGGCCGUGUACCAAAAUGACAUCGAAAUUCUAAAGUGCAAUGAAGCGGCCGGUACAAAUAUGGCAGAAAAGGAUUAUGACAAUCGGACAGCAUUGCAUGUGGCUGCCUCGCUCAACAAAACAGAGAUUGUUGCCUAUCUCCUACAAUGUGGGCUGAAUCCAUAUGAAAAAGACGACUUUGGAAUCACACCAAUCGAUGAGGCAAGACGACGAAACCUGUUGACUCUGGUGGAUAUGAUGGAAGCUCACAAACCAACACCGACUGAAAAUGGCGACGGAGUGUUCCAUAUGGAUUAA